GAGGACUGGCAUUGUCACCGAGUCAUUGGAAUACCUUGAAGCCAUUCUUACAUCGAGUGUACAGUGUCAAUGAAAGCACAGGCGGAUACUCACAGGUUACAUAAGGAAAUACUCCCACCCCAGGCUUCCGUGUUCAUGACAAUGUGUUUUAGUGUUGGAGUAUACAUGUAGGGAUAUCGGGCUGCUGUGUUUCCACGAUGGGACAGGAGUUUUCCGCGGAGGAUUUGCGAAACUUUCAAGGGAUUGAUUUCAGUCAGCUGAAGAACGGCAUUGACAAAUUCGAUGCUCAGCUUGAACAGUUGCUUGGCAACGUGACCCGGAAGAUAUCGCGGAGUCAGAGCGUGCGUGGACAUGACGCUCUUGAUGUUCGUAGAGCGCACCGCAGAAGAAGGUCAAGGACCAGUGACGGUGCACCGUUCUACACCACGGACGACGUCAGCGACUUUGACAGGGACACUGAUGGGUUUCCAUUACCGGCGUCUCCAAAGGAACUGCAGCAGUUUGAUGCGGCGUAUUUUGGGAAGUCAUUAUCCUCAAGUCCAAAGGACAAGCAGAACCGCGGUGGAAGAUCAAGGUCAAUUCCCGAACUGUUUUCGCUCGGCUCCAAGUUAAAACUUCCUUCAAAGCCGAAAUUUUUGGAGCGUAUAAUUACCAGUGCGAAGAAAACUGGGGUGAAGUCUGGAACUAACGGGUUGAUACAAGGGGACAGUGCUGCAGGGGAUAGUGUCAAUGAGGUGGCAGCAGACGACACGUAUGCACGAGCCGUCUGCUCAGCUGAAGACCACACUGACUCAGAUUUGCCGGAGUCAUUGGAUGGAGAGACUGACUGCUCAGAGGGGUCCAUUACCCCUACAAAUUCAUCAAUAACCAGUUCCCCUCCCUGUCACCCCCGAGGAACAUGGUCCACGCCCAGCUCUCCCCUACGGUCGGGAAUUGUGCAAAAAAGGUGUGAAAAUUUCCAGCGACUUUAUAAUGUAGUGCAUGAUAGUCCCCCUCUGCAGCGUAAAUCGUCAUUGUGUCAUAUCAAAAAGGGUCACCAGUCAACUCCGACGUCACCCAGUGUUGAAUGUAAACCUAUCUGUGGUCCUCAUGAUCAGGGAGAUAACAAGUUCCACAGACUAAUCAAAAGUUACUAUAGCAUUUCAAGGGAUGAAAAGUUUGCAAAAACAGUGAUGUCACAAGGAUAUGUACGUGCGUUAGUGGAGCGGAUUAAUAGUACCCGUUGCCCGUUAGACGGUGAAGAUGAGGACACGUGCACCGAUAAGGAGGACAAUGACUUGUCCGAAAACACCAUUGAAACUCCAUUGCCCAAAGAAAAACCACCAGUGAAGUCCCCGAAACCUCACUUAGAAAAGUCACCCAGUGAAAAUGGAAAAUCCAAACCCAAGUUAACAUUACCCAAUGCGGAGAAGGGGGAAAAUGCCUGUCUAUGUAGAAGCGGGCCCCGAUCGGCAAACAAAUCACCAGUGUUAAAAUCAUCGAAAAAGACCUCUCUAUGUGACAGUGUGAAAAAGCCUGUUGUGAAUGGCAGUUGUCACUGCGGAGAGGAGGAUUCGGGAUUCAAUAUGGAGGGAGGAUCGGUGCAACCUAUGAGUCCAGCAGAGUUGUUUGACUCCAGUUGGUCCGAGUCGGAUAUGAGUUUUGAAGACUUCAGUGAUGAGGAAAGUGAUACUGAGGACAAACUAUUUGAGACUUAUGAAAAGAAGCUGGAGCAAACUGAGAUUGAGGAUGGUCCACCCCAAGACAAGCUGUACCGGAUAGCGGACGAACUUCUCAAGACAGAGCGGGCGUAUGUGGAGAGACUGAAUCUACUGCAUCAGGUGUUCUUCUUUCGCAUCACGAUGCAGAACCGGACACAGAACAUGCUUCCGCCAGAGGCCAUCACACAGAUGUUCUCCAACAUCAAAAGCAUCUUCCAGUUCCACCAUGACUUCCUCCUACCCCAACUGGAGGACCGCAUGAGCAAGUGGGACCAGAAUCCGAAGAUUGGGGACCUGAUGAAGAAGAAUGCGCCAUUCCUGAAGCUGUACACAGACUACGUGAAGAACUUCGACAACGCCAUGAAUCUUAUCAACACUUGGCAGGAGAAAUCAGUCAAGUUUGCCAACCUCAUUCAGGAAAUACAGCGGAUGCCAGAGUGUGGGUCGCUGUCCUUACAACACCACAUGCUGGAGCCUAUACAGCGGGUUCCGCGCUACGAGAUGCUGCUCAAGGACUACAUCAAGAAGUUGCCAUCGGAAUCCUCCGACCAUCAUGAUGCUCAAGCUGCCCUCAAUCUUGUCACUACUGCUGCCAAACAUUCCAAUGAAGCCAUGAAGAAAAUCGAGAAGUUCCGGAAGUUGCUGGAGAUCCAUCAGUCACUUCGUGGAAUCAACGUGGACUUCAUAAGUCCGACUCGCGAGUUGAUCAGGGAGGGAUCUGUCACCAAGAUCUCGGCUCGGAGUGGAGAGAAACAAUUAAGAUAUAUAUUUUUGUUCAAUGACAUGAUGUUGAUAUGUAGCGAGCCUCUACUUGGUACAUUCCGUGUCCGUGCACAACUUGAUGUGGACGGGAUGCAGGUGAACGAUGGAAACAACCUCAGCAUCGCCGACACCUUCUGUGUGAUGAGCAGACAGAAGACGAUAGAGCUGCUGGACCACGAAACUGUUGGAGAUGGGCCCACCUGGAAUGAUACAAUUGCAAAGGUUGUUGGUGAUUUUUUCCUCAAGAAGAAGUUAAGAGUUACCAAGCCUGAUGACACUCUGGAAUCAUUUCAGGAAACCAUGCUUCCAGACAGCAUCCUGGGUCGCCGAGAGCCGUGCUGGAUCCCGGACGAUGCUGCCACCAUGUGUAUGAGAUGUGAGUCUGGAUUCUCAGCCUUCCGACGGAGACAUCAUUGCCGGGCGUGUGGAUGGGUUGUAUGUGGCAAGUGCUGUAGAAAGGCGCCCCUCGCGUAUAUGCAAAACAAAAUUGAGCGAGUGUGCGACAAAUGCUAUGAUGUGAUCGUUCAUAGAAAGUCUGGCACCGCGUCAUCACCCGACAGCGAAGAGGGGUCACCACGGCGGAAGGGGGUUCUACAGGUGAAGGCCAGUGACCCAGCUGUUUUGUCUGGCUACCUGUACAUGAGCUCAGACAAGGGGAAGUCAUGGGGGAAGAGGUGGUUUGCCGUCCAUGACGACUUCGUCAUGUAUGCAUUCAGGGCACACCAGGACGUUUCGGCGCUGACGUCCAUGCCACUCCCAGGGUACAUUGCAGAACCUGUGUCGGCAGGGGACAACAUUGACAGACCGAACACGUUCAAAGUUCAUCAUAAGCACAAGAAAAUCUACUUUUUCCAAACUGACCAUGAGAAACACUUGAGGAAGUGGAUCAAUGUCCUGGAGAAGAUGGUGAAGCUGGAACUCCCUGACGACUCCCAACGUCCCUCUUCUCAAUCCAGUGUCAGUAACGUCAGCAACAUCAGCAGCAACAGUGGAAGUGGUGACAUGUCAGAGAGUAACGCCGCUGCUAGUGAUAUCAGUAGCACACACAGCAACCGCAGUGACUGUAGUAAAACCAGUGAUGAAAACGGAAUCAGUGGCAAAGACAAUGACAGUGGUAUCGCCAACAGCAAUGAAAACUGUAGCACAAGUAAUACCGACAACUCUGAGUACAUCAAGGACUCAACAAAAUCAUGAUACAGCAGACAGCGCUCACACCAAAGGGAAACAACCCACUCCUGAGUCACAACAAAGGCGUGGAUGCAAAGUCCCUUUUACAACAAAGGGACAUAACUCUGAAUGCAGUUGAUAAAGGGAGACUACUCCUACAUGUUAUAUGUGUCAUGGGAAGAAUGGAUAUGUGUGGACAUGGAGGAGUUUGAAAGGAGCUGACAGAGGAAAUUAAGAUUUUUAUAAAAAUAUCUUCCUCAAAAACCAUACCAAAGUCAGAUAAUCAUUGGUGCAAUUAUAUAUUGUAAACAAUAUACCAAUCCUGGUGAAGACGUCACCUGAAGAUAUAAGUGCUACACUGUGUGUUUUUGCCAUAAUUUAUUUCCAUCAGAGAGAUUUAUGAUGACAGUAUUACCCUGAAGUCGUGUGUUCCACAAGGUUACCACUUUCUUCCAGUAUUCUGUGGGAACAGCUGCCUGGGGAUGAGGAGUGUUGAAGGGGAAGUAACUCUUACAUGUCAAAAGCGGCACUUUUCUGUUGCUUACCUCCCUUUCUCAAUACCCAGACGUUACGCUGAAAGACUACAUAAAAACUAUUCUUAAUAUUAUCAUGACACAAAGUAAUAUAUUCCUCAUAUGACAAUAGAAAUUGUGUAUAUUUACAUUUUGCCAUGAGGUAUGUAUAUAUGAUGUUUGGAAUUAUCAGGAACUUCAGGCCAUUAGACUGGUACUCUAGGGAUAUGAAAUCAAAAUAAAGUAUAAACAGAAUAUUUGAAAUCAGAAGUGGAACUGUGGAAUAUGUUACAUCUUUUGCUCACCGGUUUUAAAUGUAUGAACAUAUUUGCCUUAAUGUCUGUAAAUAAUAAUACUGUUGGGUUUUUUUCUGAAGAUGUUAACAUUUACAAAUAAUUGUUUUACAUCACAAUGCAACUGUAAAUCUGUCUUCAAGACAUUUACUUAGUGGAAUAUAAUUAUAUAAGAAUAUCUGUUAGAUAAUAUGUAUUAUUACUGCUCAUAGAUGAGAGAAAUUCUACUGUCAGGAUUUGUCUACGAAAUAUACUAAUUUAGAUUGUUUCUAUUUGGACUUCAUACAGUAUGAUUGAUAUCCCUAAUAUAUUUGUACAUUUUAAUAGUCAGUUGUAUAUUUUGUUUGAAUGUGUAAAUUUGUUGUUAUAGUAACUAUGGUUACUGUAAGUAUUAACAUAUACUGAGAAUAUUUCUCAAGUCAGCAUAUUUCACCUAUUGUUGAUCAUCGUAAACCAGGUACACAAAGCACAUCAGGUACAUCAUAAACACCCGGUACAAGGGGUACGUCAGGUAGGCCAUGUGCAUCAGGUACAUCAGGAAACUGGGAUACAGUUAUGUAUCCUCUUCAGGUCUCAUGGAGCAAUGAAAGGAAGUCAUCAAGUCAGGUUAUGUUUCAGAGCGUCGCUAUGCUUCUCCCUGGAUAGCUGUCAAACUCAUUGUUUUUACAAAUGUUCAGUUACAACUUUGGGUUGGACAAUAUGCCUGGCCAUGUACUGUAAUGCUAAUCAACAUUUAAAUAAGUUCCAAUAUAGUUAAGUUCAUUAUCAUCAUCUUCAACUACAUGCUUAAUAUUUUUCAAUCAUUAUAUUAAGACUUUAUUUUACAUUUUAGAUUAAAUCUUGUUCUUCAGAUUUUAAUGUAAAUUUUGGUUUUAGUUUUAAUAACUAUGUUGAUUUUAUUAUGAAGUACAGUAUUGUAUGCAUAAGAUUUCAUUUUGAUGUUUACAUUGAUACAGUAAGGGGAGGAAUUUUAAUAGUAUGAUGUUAGAUGGUAGAGCACUUUUUAUUGAGAGUUUUUUAACUAUUAAUGUUUAUUUUUAAACAAUGCUUUGUACAAUAAUUUAUGGUAUGCUUUGAAUGUACUGAUUAUUGUACUUAACUAUGGUGCUUAAUUCAUACACAGUAAGUUGAUACACUGCUUUAUAUGUAGGAAAUAAUUUGAAAUUUGUAUUUAUUUUUCUGACAUUUACAAUUUUGCAAAAAUUAGUUUUAGAUGUAUUGAGCAUUACUUCCAUUUGCUUACAUGUCAUGCUCUUAGACAAUCAGUGCAGCAGUGCCAGGGAUAUACUGUCACGUGUCACCAUCAGCCUGGUCAGCGUGGCUUACGUACACCAUGUGUUGGUUUUAUCCCAGAUGUUACCCAGGACCUGAAUCAUGAUCAUCUUCAGCACUCUUGUAAUAAUUGUUACUCGGUUUGUAUUUUUAUUGUAAACUAUUUUAUAUAAAAUGAUCAGAUCAUAUUGUAAAUAGACAUGUAUUUACAUCAGAAUUUAACUUUGGAAAUUGUAAACGAUUUCUUGAUGUGUGUGUUGUCAGUGAGAGCAAGACGAGGCAUUGUCCGUUGUCAUGUUGUCACACGACUGUAAGAACAUCAGGUGUUCCAAGGAGCACAAUUCACUGUGCCUGUAGACAAUUAGAUGUAAGCAAAACCAUUCCAUGCUACCUGUAUGUUAAUCUGACUCUGUACAGCAAAGCCGCUGUAAGCCUGAUAGGGUAUGGGAGUUACAAUCACCUUAUUAUACAAGCCACCUUAGCACUUUCGCAAGGCUGAUAAGGUAAGGGAGUUACAAUCACCUUAGCGUUAAGAUUACUCUGUACCAGGGCACCAUGUCCCUUUAUUUGAGGCAGAUGAGUAUGCAAUUUUUCUUAUGGGAAGAUAUGGCAAACUUCAAAUCUGUCACAUUGAAUUUUCUUGAAAUUAUUUGCUCUGAUGUUAAAAACCUAGUCAUUGGCCCAUAUCGAGAAAAUACUUUUAUUCUGUAAUUUAAAUUAGUGUUGCUUUUCUAUGUUUCAGAAAGCUUUUACGGAAUCAUUAUUCCUAAUGACUGCAGGUGUACACUAUGAUUGCGAGUGUAUUCGUUGAAAACUCUGACUUGAUUACGAGUGACACUUGUGACGACCCUGUCUCUGUUUGUACAGUCGUGUGACACCCUGACAGGGACUACUCCUGUGAGAUGUAAUAUAUUAUGACAACUAAACCUGUAUUGUUUUUUAUACUUUUGUUGAUCUCUGUUUUGAUACUGGAUGUAUGAGUGAAAGGUCUGAAUAAAUACAGUACAGAAGAUA